AUGGAGCUGUGCCCGGGGCCCGCGCCGCCCUCGGGAUGGGCUCUGCCGCUCCUCCUCGCCCUGGGCGCCGCCGGGCUCAGCCACGGCACCCCGCACCUGCCGUACUCGCGGCCGGGCUCCCGCAGCAAGAACUGGUGCGCCUACAUAGUGAACAAGAACGUGAGCUGCUCGGUGCUGGACGGGACGGAGAGCUACGUCCAGGCCCAGUACAAGUGCGCCUGGAACCAGUUCCCCUGCGAGCCCACCCUGGUAUACCGAACGAGUUUCAGACCUCGGUACACAGUUGCAUAUAAGACAGUGACAGAGCUGGAAUGGAGAUGUUGUCCUGGCUACAAAGGGGAGGACUGCAGGGAAGGACCUGCAGAAAAGCCAAACACUGCUCGUCGUCCCUCAACACCAGCCAGAGCUGCCGUGAAGAAAGGCACAGAUGCAGAGCCAACAGGAGCACCGGAGCCUCCACCAUAUGAGAAGAGAAUGCAGUUUCUUGAGGACGAGUUGUUUAGACUUACACGGUCUGUGAUUGAGCUCCAGUCCUCCGUGGCAGGUGUGAACGAAAACCUGAAGCUGACUGUACAGGAAGAUGCCAGCAAGAUGUUGGUCACUUGGCUGAACAACCUUUACGACCGCCCGGAGCCUGACAGUGCAGUGGGGGCUGAAACAGACACUAUUCAGCUGCCAGGCCUCCUCAACAAUAAAGAUCAAAAAGACCCUUUUAUUGAUUUUGAAAUGGAAGAUAUAAAAGCUGAGCUGGCUGAGGUCAAAGAAGCCUUGAAGAUGAGGAAUGAUGAGCUGGAGGAACUGAAUGGAAAAGUAAAAGGAUAUGAAGGACAAUUGAAACAACUGCAGGAGGCAGCACGAGGACCUACAAUAACAAUGCCCCGUGACAAUAUAUAUCAGGACUAUAUAGACUCAAAAUUUGAGUCCCUCAGACAAGAAAUAAUGGAAGGAUUUGAGAAGAAAAUGGAAGAUCUGAAGAACUCCUGUGACUAUAAAGUAGAGGAUAUUCAGCAGCAGUACGACGACAGUGAAAAUAACUGUGUAGGGAUAAUGAAUGUUAUAAGAGGAAAAGAGAAUGACUUGAGGAAAGAAAUAGAUACUCUCCGCACUCAGAUUCCUUCAAACAACUCCAGCUGUUGCAAGAAGGGUGAGGGAAAUUACUUUGACCAACAGAUGAAAGAUUUAGAUAAGAAGAUUGACAGAAUUGUGGAAGCACAGAGGAUCUUGAAUGUCAGAAUAGAUAAUGAAAUCAUAAGAUUGUCGACUCCAGAUCUAGAAGAUGUGUUGGGUGAGAGGCUGGAGGAGCUGGAUGCAAGGAUGAAUAUUACAGAAAGAAAUGCUGAAGAGCACUGUUUUUACGUUGAGGAGACUCUCCGUGGUGCUAUCGCUGCUGAGGUGGAUGAACUGAGGGAUUUGUUCGACCAAAAGCUGCGGGCGCUGGAGGUCAGGCUAGGCGGGACUAUUUUGGAGAUUGCCAACACCACGGACCCAGAUGGAAUGUUUGCUAAUCCUGGGCCUAUCUUGCCCAGCGAUGCUGGAUUUGCAAAUGAGCAGUUUGCAGCAGAGAUGAAUUUUGUGAAGGACAAGCUGCUGUUGCUUGAGCAGCUCUGUGGGCAGAAAUGUCAGUCUGCACCACGAGGCACCGAGGACCUUCAGAAACAGCUGGAAGAUUGUAACGACAAGUACAAUCAGUUGCUUUUGAAAACGGAGAAUAAUUCUGUUGUCCUGAGGUCUCUAAAUAGCUCUCUUAAUGAGAAACUCAGCUUAAUUAAGGGUAACCAACGUGACAUCCAGAAAAUGCAGAGGGACGUACGUGUAUUCCGGUACAAUCUAAAUGCCAUUGAUAAGGAUAUGAAAAACCUUCAAGAUGGCCUGAGUAGCUGCAGGGAGCAGCUUCUGGGUGUCAAUUCGACAUGCAGAAAAACACAAAGAGGUGUCUUCCGAAAAAUUGAUCAAAUGCAGAGGACAUUUGCGAAUCAAACUGCUCAUUCCAGUGAGAAUUGUUGUGGAGAAGUGAAAGACAGACUAGAGCAAUUGAAUGACCAUGUCUUGAAUGAUCUUAGCAAGUGCAAAGAAAAGACCCAAGGGGUCCAGGAGGAUGUUUCAGAUGUUGAGAGCAGAGUCGCACAUAUUGAAAAAGUCUGUGGCAAGCUGGACUCUGUUUCAGACAGCUUGCAGAAUAUAAAAGAGGGUCUGAAUAAGCACGUGAGCAGCUUAUGGAAUUGCAUCCGUGAAAUGAAUGGAACUAUAGCAUCGCAUUCCACUGAUAUUUCUGGCCUCAAAAAUUCUGUCCAACAGUUUCACAGUCAGGUUUCCAAAAUCACUGCAGACAUUGAAGGCGUGCUGAAAUCUCAGCCUGACACAAGGCGACCAGAAGUCCCGCAGCAUCCCUUGCCACCGAGGCCUCCCGUGCCUGGCAUUUCCCUGCUGCCAUCCCGGCCCAGGAUGCAUCCCCCCCGGCACAGGAUCCCCCUCCUCCCACCACAGCUGAGGCCUCCCCCACGCCCAGCUCUGCCAGGGUCAGCAGUGGUGCCACUUCUGCCUGGAACAACCGGCAUCAUCCUGGAGACGGGGGAGGCAGGGCCUCCUGGCACGGUUCUGAUGUCUGGCAGAGGGCGCCUGAGGAGCGCGGAUGGCCAGGCCGGCCAGAGCACCAUGCCCAUUGCUGAAGGGUACGCUGGAGCACCAGGAUAUCCCAAGCCACCUCAUUCUACCACGGAUUCACAAGGACCUGCCACUGCUGCUGUGCCCUCCCUGGUGUCAUUUUCUGCUGGGCUCACACAGAAGCCUUUCUCCAGUGAUGUCGGCGUGGUUCACUUCAACAAAGUGCUUGUGAAUGACGGGGACUACUAUAACCCCAAUACAGGCAUUUUCACAUCGCCGUACGAAGGGCGCUACCUGAUCACGGCCGUGCUGGCCCCGGAGAGGGACGAGUACGUGGAAGCGGUGCUGUCCGUCUCCAACGCCAGCGUGGCUCAGCUCCACACCGCUGGCUACAGAAGGGAACUGCUGGAGUAUCACAAACCCUACUCGGGGAAACAGACCUGUGGUGGUCCUGGGACGUUCCACCUUGUUCUUCACCUCAAAGCAGGAGAUGAAGUGAAUGUCGUCGUAACGGGAGGCAAACUGGCCUACACAGACUCUGAUGAAAUGUACUCCACGUUUAGUGGAGUUCUCCUUUAUCCUUCCAUUUCUCAUGUUUAGGUUUACCUUGAACAGGGGAGAAGGGUAAGAUAUUCAGAAGAAAUUAAGUGUAAUAAAAUUCAAAGCUUUAAUAUA